AGAGUCCAGACCUACUGCCUUAAAGUUGUUGCCUUAUACACAUUCCAGAGUGAUUCCAGAAUGGCAGAGGCUUUUCCAGAAGAUGACAACUCGUUUCAGUGCUCGGUGUGCCUGGAUCCACUGAAAGAUCCUGUGACUCUUAGUUGUGGACACAGCUACUGUAUGAGUUGCAUUAGUGGCUGCUGGGACCAGCAGGAAAUGAAGGGUGAGUACAGCUGCCCUCAGUGCAGAGAGACGUUCCCCUCAAGACCUGCACUGAAAAGAAACAUCAUGUUGGCUGAGCUGGUGGAGAAACUAAGCCAGACAGACAUCCAGGUAGCUCGCCCUGCAACUCCAUAUGCUGGACCAGGAGACUUGAAGUGCGACUUUUGCUCAGAGGGGCCACUCAAGGCGGUCAAAUCCUGUCUUGUUUGCCAGAUUUCACUUUGUGGGACACACGUUCAGCCUCAUUACGACAUCCCAGCUUUGAAAACGCACAAGCUGGUCAAAGCCACACAGCUUCAGAAGCUGAUCUGCUCUCUGCAUGGGAACGCCCUUCAAGUGUUCUGCCGCACCGACCAGAAGUGUAUCUGCAUACUGUGCACCAUGGAUGACCACAAGGGUCACGACACGGUCUCCGUUGCGGCAGAGCGGAAGGAGAGGGAGGAUCAACUAGAGGACACAAAGAAGCAAUUCAGGCAAAGACUGAAGCAAAGAAGAAAGGAACUGCAAGAGCUGCAGGAGGCCAUGAAAGAUCAUAAGGUCCAUUGA